UUUAUCUUAUGAUUGUACGAAAUAAAUUAUUCUCCUACAUUAAAGUUACUUAUCAUUUUUCACAUAUAUUUUUACUAAACUUUCAUCAUUUUUGUUGAAUGCAGCAGCAGAGAAUAUUUUGUUGCUUCAAUAUAAUAUAAAGUUAUAAGUAACUAAAAGAUCAUAAUCCUAGAAGAAGAAGAAAUACAAAGGGGAAAAUGGCAACUACUACAAAGAAGAAACCAGAGAAAACAAUUCCUGGCUUAGUGGAUUUGGUGUUUUCUUGGUCUUUAAAGGAUGUGUUGAACAAAGAUCUUUACAAAGACAAGGUGAAAGAAAUUCCAGAGACAUUUGUGUCAAUUGAUCUUUAUUUGAAGUCAUACAUUACUCCACUAGUUGAAGAAACACAUGCUGAUUUGCUAUCAAAUGUGUCCACAGUUUCGCGGGCACCUGCUCUCGAGGUUGUUGAUGUUAAAGUAUCAAAAGAUUUUAAGCCUCCGAAAGGUUUAUAUUACAAUAUUUUGUUGAAAAGAAAUCAAAAAAUAGAGGUGGGAGAGAAUAGUGAAUCGAAGCAUGAAUCAAACUAUGAACCAGAAGUUGGUGAUCUGAUUGCUCUAACAGAUGUGAGACCACGAAGAAUCGAGGAUUUAAAUAGGCCUAAGAGAUCGUUCCUAAUUGCUAUAGUUCAAGGUAUGAAUGAUGAUGGCUAUAGAAUACCUAUCUUGUCUUCACAGCUUAUUCCGUUUAAGAAACCGGAUAGGGCAACAGGUGAACAAGGGGACAAGCUUUUUAUUGUCUAUCUUUCUAAUUUGACAACAAACAUUCGAAUAUGGAAUGCAUUGAAUCCAGACCGGGAAAAUUCAAACUUUAAUAUCAUUAAGACCGUGAUGAGAAGUGAUGAUUCGAAUGUUGGUGAAGUAGACUGCUCCCUUUGUUCCGUUAGAGAAACAGAAACUAAUAUUGCUAUAUCAAGUUCAAGAGCCAUUGCUCAGUAUUUCGAGCUAGAUAGUGCUCAACAAGAAGCUGUUGUAAGUUGUGUUGCUACAAGAGAAUGUGCUCAUCGGAACAAGGUUAAGCUAAUUUGGGGUCCUCCAGGAACUGGAAAGACAAAAACAGUUGCUUCUUUACUUUAUGUCCUGUUAAAGAUGAGAUGCAGAACUUUGACUUGUGCGCCAACGAAUGUUGCUGUGUUGGGAGUGACUAAGAGGCUGAUGCAGAAUGUACAGAGUUGUUUGCAUUAUGACACGUAUGGUUUAGGAGAUAUUGUCUUAUUUGGUAAUGGGGAACGAAUGAAGAUCGAUGAUCAUGAAGAUCUGUUUGAUGUCUUUCUUAGUAACCGUGUUGCUGCUCUUGCUAGCUGCUCGUCUCCGAUUAGUGGGUGGAGAAUUGGUAUACAGUCCAUGACAUGUUUGCUCGAGAAUCCUGAAGAAGAAUAUCGUAAGUACUUGGAAAAACUAAAGGACAAGGACCGUGACAGUGAUGAUAAUGCGGAGAUAGAUGAUGAGGUAGGGGAAGAAAAAGGAAGUGUUACUAGUCAAGAAUCUAGUUUGAGCAAUGAUCAAGGACUCGACAAAAAUAAAAAGAGUAAGUUAUGGAAGAAAUUUGUUGUUGAUCCCUUAAAAGAGAACAAGAAGAAAGAUAAACAAAAUUCUCAAAGGGAUAACAACUCGAAAGGUGGUGAAAAAGCAAACAAGGUUAAGAACAAAGGGGAGGUGAGCAGCAAAGAAGUCAUUGUGUUGACACUUGAUGAGUUUGUCAACAAAAGAUUCAAAUGUAUCCAGAAUCAGUUAACAUUUUGCAUAACGAGCUUGUAUACGCAUCUACCUACUACUAUCAUUUCACUAGAAGUAGCUAAGGAGAUGAUCAGACUACUUGAGAUGUUUCAAACUCUUGGAAAAUUGUUUGCUACUGUGGAACAAUCUGAAGGAUUUGCUACAAAGAAUAAGACAAGACGUUUAAAUAUUCGUACAACUAAAACAGAAUGCCUAAAAGUGUUGAAAUUUCUUAAUGAAAGCAUCUCUCUACCCAAUUUCAUUGAGGACUACCAAAUUAGAAGUUUUUGUCUGAAAGGUGCAUGUUUGAUUUUCUGCACGGCUUCUAGCUCGAUAAAGUUGAACACGGAAGGAAUGACACCACUGGAGAUGGUGGUUAUUGAUGAAGCUGCUCAGCUGAAAGAAUGUGAAUCCACUAUUCCGUUACAACUCCCUGGUCUCCGCCAUGCUAUACUCAUCGGUGAUGAAAAACAACUGCCUGCUAUGGUUCAGAGCAAGAUUUGCGAGAAGGCUGAGUUCGGGAGGAGCUUAUUUAAGAGGCUGGUAAUUUUAGGACACAAGAAGCACCUUCUUAAUGUUCAAUAUAGGAUGCAUCCAAAAAUAAGUUUGUUCCCAAACAACGAGUUCUAUCAGAAGAAAAUUAUGGAUGGUCCUAAUGUGAAAUCAGCUGCAUAUGAGAAGAGAUUUCUUACUGGAGAUAUUUUUGGCUCGUAUUCAUUUAUUAACGUAAGUAGUGGAAAUGAAGAGCAAGAUGAAAGACACAGCACGAAAAAUAAGGCAGAAGCUUUCGUUGUAGCUGAGAUUAUUGCCAACCUUCAUAAAGAAUCUAUCUCUUCGAAACAAAAAGUUCGUGUUGGUUGUAUAUCUCCUUACAAGGCUCAAGUUUUUGCUAUUCAACAAAUUCUUGGCAACAAAUAUAGCACAGAUGUUAAGAGUGACUUCUCUGUGAAUGUACGCUCCGUUGAUGGUUUUCAAGGUGGUGAAGAGGAUGUGAUAAUUAUAUCCACUGUUCGUUGUAAUGGCAAUGGAUCGGUUGGUUUCCUCUCGAAUCUUCAAAGGGCAAAUGUAGCAUUGACUCGAGCAAGGUAUUGCCUUUGGAUAUUGGGAAAUGGCACAACUUUGGUUAACAGUGGUUCCAUAUGGAGGAAGUUGGUCAUUGAUGCCAAGGUUCGCGGUUGUUACUUUGAUGUUACUGAAGACAAGCGAUUGAAUCAAGCAAUUUUGAACGCGGCCAUUGAACUUGGCAAGCUAGAAACAUUACUCAAAACAGAUUCUCCUAUAUUUCAAUCAGCCAAAUGGAAGGUUAUAUUUAGUAAGGAUUUCUCAAAAUCCAUUGCCAGAAUUAAGGAUGUUGAGAUAAGUAAAGAAGUGAUUUCCCUUUUGGUGAAGCUUUCGAGUGGUUGGCGUAAGUCAGAAAAGAACCACAAAGGCGGAAAUUCUUCUGUACUGUUGGAGGAGUAUGUUGUCAAGCACCUAAAAUUGAUUUGGACCAUAGAUAUUCAGCAGCAGAACUCUACAUACCUUCAAGUACUAAAGAUAUGGGACAUUUUACCAGGAAAUCAUAUACCAAAAUUUGCAAAGAAUCUCGACAUACAUUUUGGUCAAUAUACCGUUGAUAUGAUGAAUCGAUGCAAAUACAAACGUGUGGAACGAAACUUUGUAUUUCCAAUGACUUGGGUAAUUGAUGGAAAUGUUGUCUCAACAACAACCUCAGCUCAUAGUGACAGAGACGACAACUUGGCACGCCAAUUGGCAGCUAUGAAUUUGAGGGAUAAACCAGGAUCGUCGAGAAGUUCCAAUAAUUUUCAAAAGUCCAAGAAGAAGAAAGGAGAAGUGUUCCGCGAAUCAAAACAGAACCAACUUGCUGAAGAUUUCAUGGAAAAAUAUACGCGCAACAAGUCCAAAGUGAAGAUCAUGUCAACAACAACAACAAAGAAGAAACCAAUUCAUGGCUUAGUGGAUUUGGUGUUUUCUUGGUCUUUAAAGGAUGCACUCAACAAAAAUCUUUACAGAGACAAGGUGAAAGAAAUACCAGAGACAUUCAUAUCGAUUGAUCAUUACUUGAAGUCAUACAUUACUCCACUAGUUGAAGAAACACAUGCUGAUUUGCUCUCAUGUAUCUCCACAGUGUCGCGAGCCCCUUUCGUUGAGGUUCUUGAUGUUGUAAAAUCAGUAAACUUUGAGGCUCCCAAACAUUUAUAUUACCAAAUUUUAAUUAAGAGUGCUACAGAGGGAGAGAAGAUUGAAACACAAUAUAAACCAGAGAAUGGAGAUUUGAUUGCAUUAUCAGAUGUGAGACCACGAAGAAUCGAUGAUCUGAACAGACCUCAGAGAUCUUAUCUCAUUGCCAUUGUUCAAAACAUGAACGAUGAAGACGAUGAAGAGUGGAUACCUAUACUGUCUUCAAAUCUUAUUCCGUUUCAGCAACAAGGGGACAAGCUUUUUGUGGUCUAUCUUUCUAAUUUGAUAACAAAUAUUCGAAUAUGGAAUGCUUUGCAUUCAGAUCCUGAUAAUGCAAAUCGGAAGAUCAUUAAGACUGUGUUGCAAAAUGAUGUAACUAAUGGUGAAGUAGACUGCACACGUUGCUCCGGUAAAGAAACUAAAACUGAUGUUAUAUCAAAUUCAAGUGGCAUCAUUCAGUCAUUUGGUCUAGAUGAUGCUCAACAAGAGGCUAUUCUAAGUUGUAUCGCAACAAGGGAAUGUGAUCAUCGGAAUAUGGUUAAGCUAAUUUGGGGUCCUCCAGGAACCGGGAAGACUAAAACAGUUGCCUCUUUACUUUAUGUGCUGCUAAAGAUGAAAUGCAGAACUUUGACAUGUGCUCCAACAAACAUUGCUGUUUUGGGAGUUGCAAAGAGGUUAAUGCAGCAUGUACAAGACGGUCUUGAAUAUGACACGUAUGGUUUAGGAGACAUUGUUGUAUUUGGAAACGGGGAAAGAAUGAAGAUCGGUGAUCAUGAAGAUCUGUUUGAUGUAUUUCUUGAGAACCGUGUUGAUGUUCUUGCUAGCUGCCUGUCAGCAAAAGAUGGGUGGAAAAGUAGUGUACAAUCCAUGAUAUGCUUGCUCGAGGAUCCUGAAGAGAAAUAUCGUAAGUACUUAGAAAAAGAUGAAAGUAAGGAACAUGACACAAAUGGUAAUAAGGAUACAAAUGAUGAUGAUGACAACGAAGAGGAAGUAAAAGGUAGCGUUAGCAAUGAUGAAUCUAGCUUGAGCAACAAAGAUGGGAAGAUCAAUGCUCAAGGACUAGUAGAUAAGCAUAGGAAGAAUAAGUUGUGGAAGAGAUAUGUUCUUGAACCCUUAAAAGAGAACAAGAAGAAGGGUUCGAAAGAUAAAAAAAGUUCUCAACGGAGGAACAACUCGAGAGCAGAAGGGGAUUCAAGUAACAAAGAAGCCAAUGUUUUGACAUUUGAGAAGUUUGUUAUCAAAGAAUUCAAAUGGUUCAUUAACCAUUUAUUAUUUUGUCUGCCAAGUUUGUAUACACAUGUACCUACAUCUUUCAUGCCACUAGAAACGGCUAACGUAAUGUUCAGACUUCUUAAGAAUCUUCAAACUCUUGAAACAUUGUUUGCUACUACAGAAACAUUUGAAAGAUUUAAGGAAGUGCUACUUGGUAUUGAUACAACAAAUAAGGCGAGGCGUUUUGCUAACUUGCAUGAAAGUAAAACAGAAUGCCUUGAAAUGUUGAAAUUCCUUAACGAGCAUCUCUCUCUCCCCACUUUCAGUAAGUAUUUCAAGCCCCCUAUUCAGAGUUUUUGUCUGAAGGGUGCAUGCUUGAUUUUCUGCACGGCGUCUAGCUCAUCAAAACUGAACAUGCAAGGAAUGCUACCACUGGAGAUGGUGGUAAUUGAUGAAGCUGCUCAACUGAAAGAAUGUGAAUCCACUAUUCCAUUACAACUCCCUGGUCUUCGUCAUGCUAUACUCAUCGGAGAUGAAAAACAAUUGCCUGCUAUGGUUCAGAGCAAGAUUUGCGAGAAGGCUGAAUUCGGGAGGAGCUUAUUCGAGAGGCUGGUAGUAUUAGGACACAAGAAGCACCUUCUUAAUGUUCAAUACAGGAUGCAUCCAAAAAUAAGUCUGUUCCCAAACAACGAGUUCUAUCAGAAGAAAAUUAUGGAUGGUCCUAAUGUGAAAGCUGAAAAAUAUGAGAAGAGAUUUCUUACAGGAGAUAUUUUUGGCUCGUAUUCAUUUAUUAACGUAAGUAGUGGAAAUGAAGAACAAGAUGAAAGACACAGCACGAGAAAUAAGGCAGAAGCUUUCGUUGUAGCUGAGAUAGUUGCCAACCUUCAUAAAGAAUCCAUCUCAUCGAAACAAAAAGUUCGUGUUGGUUGUAUAUCUCCUUACAAGGCUCAAGUUUUUGCUAUUCAACAAAUUCUUGGAAAGAAAUAUAGUACAGAUGUUAAGAGUGACUUCUCUGUGAAUGUACGUUCUGUUGAUGGUUUUCAAGGCGGUGAAGAGGAUGUUAUAAUUAUCUCUACUGUUCGUUGUAAUGGCAAUGGAUCGGUUGGUUUCCUUUCCAAUCUUCAGAGAGCAAACGUAGCAUUGACACGAGCAAGGUACUGCCUUUGGAUAUUGGGAAAUGGAACAACUUUGGUUAAUAGUGGUUCCAUAUGGAAGAAUUUGGUCAUUGACGCCAAGGCUCGUGGUUGUUACUUUGAUGUUACUGAUGAUAAACGAUUGAAUCAAGGAAGUUUGAACGCGACUAUUGAACUUCAGCAUAUAGAAACGUUACUCACAACAGAUUCCCCAUUAUUCCAAACAGCCAAGUGGAAGGUUACAUUUAGUGAGGAUUUCACUAAAUCCAUUGCUAGAAUCAAGGAUGCUGAGAUAAGUAAAGAAGUGAUGACUCUAUUGGAGAAGCUUUCGAGUGGUUGGCGUAACUCAGAAAAGAACAACAUGUUCAACAACAAGAGCGGGAAUUCUUCUGUACUGUUGGAGGUCUACAAUGUAAAGCACCUAAAGUUGAUCUGGACAAUCGAUAUUCAGAAACAGAACUCGAGAUAUCUUCAAGUGCUAAAGAUAUGGGACAUUAUACCAGGAUAUUAUAUACCAAAGUUGGCAAAGGAUCUUGACAUCCAUUUUGGUCAAUAUACAGUUGAUAUGAUGAAUCGUUGCAAAUACAAACGUGUGGAACGAAACAUUGUAUUUCCAAUGACUUGGCUAAUUGAUGGAAAUGUUAUCUCAACAAGAAGAAGCUCAGCUAAUAGAGACCAAGACGACAACUUGGCAUGUCAAUUGGAAGCAAUGAAUUUGAGGGAUAAACCAGGAUCUUCAAGACAGUAAACAGUGACACUAAAUAUAAUGUCAUAUCUAUUACUUCCUAACGUUUCAAUUUGACUGUCUUAGUUUGACUAGAUACGACAUUUCUUAACGUUAUAUUAUGUGUCUUCAUCAUGACUAGAUACGACAUUUCUUAACGUUAUAUUUUGUGUCUUCACCAUGUUAUAAUAGCAGAUUUGUUACAAUUUGUUAUAGGUUAACAUUACAUAAAGUUAUUUGCAA